GCGCAAAGAGGGGGGUUAUGGGUAAAGGAGGCAGAGUCCGCGUCACAGGGAAGGACGGGAGCGCCUGGAGCCGAGAGGAGUAUGGAGGGCAGGAGGAGGCGGUGAGCCACCCGGCGCACGGAGUGUAACAAGAAAAAAACAACACAAAUCAGGAUACAGCAAAAGAAACAAAGUCACCGAGAGACGCCGCCGUGCGGGAAAAAGGGAAAGACGGCGCCUGGUUGGCGGCUCCGCGCACACCGGCGCCUCGGAUGCGGACCGAGUUCGCACUUCACCGGCGGCGAAGAAAAGAGCUGGAUCCCGAAGGCGGCGGGACCGAAGGGAGGCAGCCUCGCAGAGGAGGGGGUCGGGAAGCCGCCCCGGUCCGCCGCUCCAAAAGCAUUAAGUUUGGCAUCGGCGUGAUGAUGCAGGCUGCAGACGGGGAAGUUUAAUGCGGCUGCAGAGAGCGGGCAGCCCUGGGACCGACCGACUGACCGCGCGGCGCUUCGCCCCUUUGGGCUUUUUUUUUUAACCUGGGGUAUUUGUGGGUCCCAAGCAAUUUCAGGAGGCGGCGAUUCCCAGGCUCUUUAGGCCCACGGGCAUAACCCAGGAACGAAAAAUACAUACAAGGGGCAGCUUUGGCCUUCUCUGGCUAAACGCACCUUUAAAACUAACAACAAUAAUAAAGGAAAAGUGCUGUGUUUUUUUUUUUCUUUGGACCGAAAGCAACGCCGAUCCAUCCAUUAAGAUGUCGUCAGGGGCAGAAAGGCGGCAUGAAAACCGGGUGAAAAAGCUGGAAGCCAUGAUCCAGGAUCCCAGAUCGGCGCUCAACCUGGAAAGUUUGGUGGAUGCCAUGAAUGCCCUGGUCCUGGACCUGGACUUCCCUGCGCUGCGGAAAAACAAAAACAUCGAGACAUUCCUGCAGAGAUAUGAGAAGCUGAUGGGCAGCGUGCGGGACCUGCAGAUGAAGUCAGAGGACUUUGACAAAGUGAAAGUCAUCGGUAGGGGGGCGUUUGGUGAGGUGCAUCUGGUGCGCCACAAGGCAUCUCAGAAGGUCUACGCCAUGAAGGUGCUCAGCAAGUUUGAGAUGAUCAAGCGUUCUGACUCUGCCUUCUUCUGGGAGGAGCGGGACAUCAUGGCCUUUGCUAACAGCCCCUGGGUCGUCCAGCUCUGCUGCGCCUUCCAAGAUGAGCGCUAUCUAUUCAUGGUGAUGGAGUACAUGCCGGGCGGGGACCUCGUCAACCUGACCAGCACCUACGACGUCCCGGAGAAGUGGGCCCGCUUCUACACCGCAGAGGUGGUGCUGGCCCUGGACGCCAUCCACUCCAUGGGCUUCAUCCACCGCGACGUCAAGCCCGACAACAUGCUCCUGGACCACCUGGGGCACCUCAAACUGGCCGACUUCGGGACCUGCAUGAAGAUGGACUCGACGGGGAUGGUUCGCUGUGACACGGCCGUUGGCACCCCAGACUACAUCUCUCCUGAGGUGCUCAAGUCCCAGGGCGGUGACGGCUACUAUGGGCGGGAAUGUGACUGGUGGUCAGUGGGAGUCUUCAUCUUCGAGAUGCUGGUUGGCGACACUCCGUUUUAUGCCGACUCCCUCGUCGGGACCUACAGCAAGAUCAUGGACCACAAGAACUCUCUGAACUUUCCAGACGAUGUGGAGAUAUCUGAGGAUGCCAAAGACCUCAUCUGUGCCUUCUUGACGGACAGGGAGGUUCGUCUGGGGCGCAGUGGUGUGCAGGAAAUCAGACGACACCCUUUCUUCCAAAACGACCAGUGGACCUUCGACACCAUCCGGGACACUGUGGCCCCCGUGGUCCCGGAACUGGCCAGUGAUGUCGACACCAGUAACUUUGACGAGAUUGAGGAUGACAAGGGAGACGUGGAGACCUUCCCCACACCCAAGGCCUUCGUGGGCAACCAGCUGCCAUUUGUGGGCUUCACCUACUUCAAGGAGAACCAGUUGUUAAAUGACACAAAUUCCACCACUAUGAAGAGUGAGCAUAAGACAUCCAUCAAGGGGGAGGACAGCCCCGCAUCUGCUCAGCUUCAGAAAAAAAUCCACCAACUGGAGGAGCAGCUUAACUGCGAGAUGCAGGCCAAGGAUGAGAUGGAGCACAAGUGCAGGGCUGCCAGCAGCCGUCUGGAGAAGAUCUCCAAGGAGCUGGAGGAAGAGAUUGGCAGCAGAAAGAGUAUGGAAAGUACACUGCGCCAGCUGGAACGGGAGAACGUGCUCCUGCAGCACAAGAGCACAGAGAGCCAGCGAAGGGCAGAGAGCGAGUCCGAGAAGAAGCGGGUCAUGGAGAGCGAGGUGAACAGUCUGAGGGACCAGCUAGAUGAAAUGAAGAAGAGGAACCAGAACUCCCACAUCUCCAACGAGAAGAACAUCCAGCUCCAGAGGCAGCUGGAUGAAGCCAACACGCUGCUGCGUGCUGAGACCGAUGCAGCCACUCGCCUCAGGAAGACCCAGACGGAGAUGAGCAAGCAGAUCCAGCAGCUGGAGUCCAACGGGCGCGACCUUCAGGAUAAGUGCUGCAUGCUGGAGAACGGCAAACUGAAGCUGGAGAAGGACUUCAUCAGCUUGCAGUCGGCACUUGAGGCAGAGAAGAGGGACCGCAGUCAAGGCUCCGAGACCAUAUCCGACCUACAGGGACGUAUCUCUGGGCUGGAGAAUGAGGUCCAGCAGGUGAAGAGCUCCCUGGCCAAGGCUGAGAUGGAGAAGAGGGAGCUGCAGGAGAAGCUCACUGACCUGGAGAAGGAGAAGAGUAACCAGGAGAUUGACAUGACGUACAAAAUGAGGGUCCUGCAGCAGACCCUGGAGCAGGAGGAGGCAGCACACAAGGCCUCCAAGGCGCGACUCGUGGACGAGAACAAGAUCUAUCAGUCCAUCGAGGAGGCCAAGUCUGAGGCCAUGAAGGAGAUGGAGCAGAAGCUGCGAGAAGAACGUGCCUCCAAGAUGAGCGUGGAGAAUAACCUCCUGGAGCUGGAGAAGCGCUGCUCCAUGCUGGACUGCGACUACAAGCAAGCCCAGCAGAAGCUGGACGAGCUGCGAGCGCAGAAGGAGAAGCUCACAGAGGAGGUGAAGAACCUGACCCUGAAGAUUGAGCAGGAGAUGCAGAAGCGCAGCCUCAUGCAGAACGACCUGAAGGCCCAGAACCACCAAGUGAAUGCUGUGCGUAUGUCGGAGAAGCAGCUGAAGCAGGAGGUGAACCACCUGCUGGAGAUCAAGAGCAGCCUGGAGAAGCAGAACCAGGAGUUGCGCAGGGAGAGGCAGGACGCGGAUGGGCAGAUGAAGGAGCUGCAGGAUCAGCUGGAAGCUGAGCAGUACUUCUCCACACUGUACAAGACGCAGGUGCGUGAGCUGAAGGAGGAGUGUGAAGAGAAGAACAAGCUGUACAAAGACAUCCAGCAGAGUCUGCAGGAGCUGCAGGAAGAGAGGGACUCGCUGGCUGCUCAGCUGGAGAUCACACUGACCAAGGCGGACUCGGAGCAGCUGGCCCGCUCCAUCGCCGAGGAGCAGUACUCUGACCUGGAGAAAGAGAAGAUCAUGAAGGAACUGGAGAUCAAGGAGAUGAUGGCACGGCACAAGCAGGAGCUGGGAGAGAAGGACACCACCAUUAGCUCGUUGGAAGAGGCAAACCGCACCUUGACGAAUGACGUAGCCAUCCUGGCCAGUGAAAAAGAGGAGUUCAACAACAAGGUGAAGGAGAUGCAAGAGCAGCUGCAGAAGACCAUGGACGAAGAACUGCUUUUGAGUCAGAUGAAGAUAUCCUUUGACAAGCAGCUGCAGAGCGAGAGGACACUGAAGACCCAGGCUGUGAACAAGCUGGCGGAGAUCAUGAACAGGAAGGAAGUGCGUGGCGGUGGCAGCCGCCGCGGAAACGACACGGACAUGCGCAGGAAGGAUAAGGAGAACAGGAGGCUGCAGCUGGAGCUUCGCUCGGAGAAGGAGAAGCUGAACAGCAGCAUCAUCAAGUACCAGAGGGAGAUCAACGACAUGCAAGCGCAAAUCGCGGACGAGAGCCAGGUACGCAUCGAGCUGCAGAUGGCGCUGGACAGCAAAGACAGUGACAUUGAGCAACUGCGUAACCUUCUGACGUCGCUCAACGUGCACUCGCUCGACUCGGCCAGCAUGAGCAGUGGCCCCGACUUCGAUGGUGACGACGCCUACCCAGUGCGUCUGACACACUCCCACACGUCCGAGUCCCUCUCCCUCACCUAUGAGCUCACCUCCCACUCUGUCUGCGUCGACACAAGGCCCUGUGUCUUUGAGCCCGAGGAUGACGAGUUGGAACUUGAAACUGAAUCUUAUGCCGUAUCAGAACCUGACAAUGCAGAAACCAGGCUGGAGGGUUGGCUCUCGCUUCCACUCAGAAACAACACCAAGAAAUUUGGUUGGGAAAAAAAGUAUGUGGUAGUGAGCAGCAAGAAGAUUCUCUUCUACAACAGCGAGCAGGAUAAGGAGCACUCCAACCCACACAUGGUUCUGGACAUCGACAAGCUCUUCCACGUGAGGCCCGUCACCCAGACGGAUGUGUAUCGGGCCGACGCCAAAGAGAUCCCCAGGAUAUUCCAGAUCCUGUAUGCCAAUGAAGGGGAGAGCAAGAAGGAGCAGGAGUUCCCAGUAGAGGCCAUUGGGGACAAGUUUAGCUACAUCUGCCACAAGGGCCAUGAGUUUAUCCCCACGUGGUACCACUUACCGACCAACUGCGAGGCCUGCACCAAGCCGCUGUGGAACAUGUUCAAGCCACCCCCCGCGCUCGAAUGCCGCCGCUGCCACAUCAAGUGCCACAAGGACCACAUGGACAAGAAGGAGGAGGUCAUCGCCCCCUGCAAGGUGAACUACGACGUAUCGACGGCCAAGAACCUGCUACUGCUGGCCGCAUCUCAGGAGGAGCAGCAGAAGUGGGUGAGCCGACUGGUGAAGAAGAUUCCCAAGAAGCCGCCUCCACCUGAACACUUUGCUCGUUCCUCGCCUCGUGCCUCUAUCAAGGUACAGCCCAGCCAGACCACGAGGAGGCCCAGCCGCCAGAUGCCUCCUGGGAAGCCCAGUGGUGGCCCCAUGCUCAAAAUCAUCCUCCACUGACCUUUGACCCCUGUCCAUUCUCGCACUGUGGUAGACCAGUGCUGGACUGUGGUCUGCAGGACUGGGACUGGGCCGUCGAUGACGUGGACGAGGCCGACGUAUUUGAUUUCUGAAGAUGUACACGAGAGGGAGGGAGGGGGCGGGUAACCCGUGGCGCGCACUGGACGUCGUGGGUGUGCAGUGGGCCGAUUGCCAUGAGGGCGGAUGCCCACACAGGCUGCGCGUCUGGUUAUCCGGGGCUUAAGCUCAUUAGCAUCUGACUUGACGUUGUGGCAGAAGUCAAUAGGCUGAAGCCUGCAGGAAGCUGGAUUAACAGCAGAGCCAGUUUAGGGCAUAGCUCUCCUUCCUGAGCGAAUCCAAUUCGCUGAUUGGUAACACAAAGUCAGCUGACAGUGUUAAUGUUGACUUGGUGUCCCGUGAACCAUUCGCUGCUGGUUGUGUUUACGUUUCCGAAGCCUGGUCUGCCUGAUUUCCCUGUUUAUCCUGUGUAGCAGAAUUGCAUGCCGGUGUCUGUAGUAUUUAAUUUACCCCUCCCCACCCACCUUUAGCCUUUCAUCUGUGACCUGUGACCUUUAUCCAGUCCCCCUAGACAAGAUGGCACCAAGAUGAAGUGGGAAGACUCUGACAUUAACCAUCUCUUCUUGUAGAUGUGUCGAACACCCUGGGUGGUAUUCCUUCUUAGUGCAAAGGACUGAAAACACACAUUUACACUUUGCAUACCCACAACAGACAUGAAUGCACAGAUACUAUUUUUUUAUUCUUUUAGAGACCUCUUUCCUAUCCUGGUUUGCAACACUUGGCUUCCACUUGUGAAAACUAGUCUUCAGUUCUGCGUCGAGGAGGGUCAGGUCUGAGUACCUGGACUGCUUGUAUCCGUGGCAACGUGCAGACACAUGACAGUGUUUCGGCCUGUUUAUACCUACUGGUUAGACACCCCCCCCCGCCCCCCCAGUCAAUGGACUCUCAAGGAAAGCUGCAGUUUCAGAUGCUCUACUGGUCUUCCAUGGUCCUGAAUGCAGGGGGGGGGGACGACAGAGGCCAGAGACUUUCAGAGCAAGAGGAAGUGCUGGACCAGCGGCCGUCUGCAGCGGCACCCCCCUGGCAACGCCAUCGCGGCCCCCAGCACAUUACGGAAUAGAGCAGGACGGCGGUUUUCAGCAAAGCAUCACCACUGAUCUGGGGAACCAAGAUCCAACAUGAAGCCACUUGGGCGUAUGCAUUCUGGGCGGGAGCUGUCUGAAUCCACAGCCCCCCCCAGCCCCCCGGUCCCCUUUAUUAUUACUUGGCACUUUGCUCGUGUGAUGCCUUAAUUUGUGUUUGUGGCAGAGCUCCCCCCUCUGUGUGUGAUGUCAUCACUGUCAUGCUCUUCUGUCACGCAGCUGUACCCAAACGUAUGAAUGUAUCUGUUCAGGCCACGCGUCUGCGCAGCCCCCGCAGGCCCAGGAUGUAUAUUUUCAUAUCCGCACCAUCCGUGACGAUAGCGACACCAUGAUCCCCACCCGCAUUAUUUUUACACGGCUGGUUUUAAAGCUCAAGUUGCGGCUGUUUAGUAUUAAAUAUUAAAACUUCACCGCAGGGCUGUUAAGAGCACUUUGGGAAAGAGAAAUCUGUGAACGAGCAGCUCGACCUGUUCAGCCUGGGGGAGGGGCCGUCUGUUGUCCACAGACCCUGCAGGAGGGCUGGAAUUACAGCAUGGGGGCGGCUGGCCAGCCCACAAACACACGCGUGUGAAUGGCGUGCACGCCCCUGCUCACGUGCACAGCCCUGCUCACGUGCACGCCCCUGCUCACCUGCGGCUUAUGUGCUCAUAAUGGAGAAUGUUCUUUUUUUAAAAAAAAAAAACAAAAAAAAUAACAGAAAAACUUUAAAAAGGUUGUGGUCAGUUUUUGCUAAAGAAAUAAAAUAUUAACUGCAGACACCCAUCCACAUGCUCUGAAGUAUUUUACUGCAGGUCGCUGUAGCAGAUUUGCUGUUUUUUUGUAUAGAGUUAUUCUGCGGUAGGUCCCGUGUGCUGUGUGAGCAUGUCGGUACGUGACAAGCUUCGUAAACGGCACGCUCCAUAGGAUUAUAUACAGUAUAUCUUUUACAUGCCAUCUUACAUAAAUGUAUUAUUUAUAUCAGCCUGUCCACUUUAUAUUUAAAAGUGCUAUGUUCAUACUGCAUGUUUUAUACUGCUGUGUUAAUGUUAGUCUAUUUGACAAUAAAAUAUUGUAGCCUUUGG